AUGGUAGUCUUCGGUGGCGUCGUCAACGGGGAGCGAGUUAAUGAGCUAGCAAGCUUCGACGUUCGCACACGAGGUUGGCGCCGCCUAGACUCAAGAGAGUCGCCAGGGAACGCACAAGGGAGAACUCCACCUCCUAUCGCGAUGGCCACCGUCCCAGCCCCCCGAGCUUAUCACGUCGCCUGGGCAUUCGGCAACGAUGUCUACGUUCACGGGGGCGAAGGACCCACAGGAGUGAGAACGGACACCGACGACCCUGACCUGGACGGUGUUUUUGGGAGUGUCGGGCGUGAUCUCUUUGCCGAGGAGGAUGGUGGGGCACCCCUGGAUCCCGUCAGGGUCGUGAGGGGGGCCGGCGCAGGGAAGGGUGCAGCUGCGUCUGGUCACAGAGUUCGCAGGACGGGUCCUUCUUGUGGUGUGGAGAGACGGCCUUCUGUGUCGGUGCUAGAGGACCUUUGGAAGCUAGACUUCCGCACGCUACGGUGGGAAAGGUUAUCAUCGCGACUCGCACCACUGGGGCGAAAGGGCCACACCGCUUCGGUCGUACCUCUCCGAGAUCGGCCGUGCGUCCUGAUCUUCGGGGGAGCUCCCGCCGGGCGACGGGGCCUCAGCAACGCCCUCUACUCCGUAGAUCUUGCCAUGCUUUCAGCCGGUGAGGGAACCUGGGAGCGCCACAAACCGUCCGGGACGGCGCCCGCUCCGCGACACGGGCACAGCUUGACAGCUGUGGCUGGGGGUAAACGACUGGUGCUUUUUGGAGGCAAGGCGGAGAACGGGGAUCGCCUUGGCGACAUACAGAUCCUAGAAGUAGGCGGCGGCGGCAGCCUCUCGUGGGCAGUCGUACAACGUCCCGUUGGAGACCUUCCGCCCGCUCGUCACGGGCACUCGGCGUGCGAGGUUCCCACCUCAGCGGGGGUCGGGGCAAGGAUCUCUCGGGGUGCGGGCGUUCUCGUCUUCGGCGGGGAGGAGACGGCAAACGAAGGGCCGGAAAUCCGGUCUACCGAUUCCCACAAGAUGUUCCUGUACGAUCCGAAGGAGUCCCGAUGGCAGGCCGUCGAAACGGGCCACGCCUUCCCUAUCGGUCGGCACGGCCACUCGAUGUCAUCGAUCGCGGGGUGGACACCACCGUCUUUCCACCCGGACGGCACGCUCACAGCGUCCGAGCUAGCACCGCCAUCAACAGCAACGGCAGGUUGCGAAAGAAACGCCACCGGUGUCACCUGGGCAGCAGCGGAGAAGGACCGGCGGGUCGGUGGCAGUAGCGGGACCUCCGCAGGCGGGCGGGAGCCAGCUACGAGGUCGACAGUGGCACCACCGGCCAGCAGCCUCCCGUCAGAGGCGGGCGUUCUCCAGUGGGGAGAGAAGGCACCCACCUGCGCCGUCAUUUUCGGCGGGCUCAACUCCAUGUACGUGAGCCCGGAAGUGUGGAUGCUGCCGUUGAGAUGGGGCGAGAGAACAGUCCCGUUCUUCUCCCCAAAAUCGGAGCCGGAACCGAACCUCCAACGGGGGGAUGGAGGUGCCAUUGGGUCGGGUGGUGACGCCGACCGCGGGAAAAGGGAACUCGGGAUGUCGACAUCCGGCAGGUUAAAGGGCGGAGUGGCAACGGCGGCUGCGACGGCGCAGGGUAGGACUGCUGCUUCCGCGGACGGCGGACGCAGGGUACAGGGAGUAGGAGGAGCCACUGUGAACAAGAUUGGAACCGGAGAUGGCGCAUGGCGCUUGUUUCAGGCCGGUAGCACUGGUGUUGAGAACGCGAGAGUGAAGCAUCGUAGGGCUAGCCUGCCAGGCGGCUUCGCUGGCUUUGCGUUCGACGCUAACCGUUCCAACGGGGAGCAGCCGAUUCACGAAAUAGGGGUCGCUGAGCUUGCAGGGGUGGUGACGGCCGGACCGGGAAGCGACAACAACGACCACAACGGGAUGGCGGAAGCAACGGCGGAGAUCGAAGCCGAGUUGCACCGUCUCAGGAAAAUCGCCUACGUUUCGGAGAAGAAGCUGUCGGCGGAGGUGGCCACCAGGAUGCACCUUGAAGAGACGAUCAAGGAGAUGCGGGAAGAGACGAACAAGCUCCGCUUUUCCAAGGAAUCGUCGGAGAUUCAGCUGCGAGAGGAGUCAAGACGUCAUUGGCAUGAGGGCCAGAAGGCGAAGGUGCAAUGCGCCAGCUUAGAACGGCUUUUGGCGGAGGCCUACGAGCUGCUCAACAUGGUCGAGCUGCAACACCACCUUCAGGUGAAGUCUUUGAUGCCCGCGCUCUACGGGGACCCGCGGCUGAACCGAGAGAUCCAAGACCCGGGCGAGCAACGGGGGAUCGACAAAAACUCCCUUCACGGACCGGGGCAAUGGCCGCCGCAGCACCACCAACAGCCGCAGCACCCUCUCGAGAAUGGUGACGGGAACCACCCAGGAAGGGCCGCUGAAGGCAGACGCAGCAGCGCGGCGACCGCGGGGAAUGAGGCGACAGAGGACGCGGCAGCUAGACAGUUUGGGGAAGUCUCGGGCCGCGGUGGAGUGGAGGCUACUGUAGCUGUCAGAAUAGCGGGGGUCUUGGGUGCAGGGGGGCCCCUCGUGGCUGUCUAG